AUGCAGCGCCUGGCCGCCGCCGUAGCAAAGCAGGCCGCCGUGCAGCCUCGCGUCGUCUUCUCCGGCAUCCAGCCCACCGGCGUGCCGCACCUGGGCAACUACGUCGGCGCCCUGCGGCAGUGGGUGAGCCUCCAGCGCGACGAGCCGCCGUCGACGAGGCUCAUCUACUCCAUCGUGGACCUCCAUGCCAUCACCGUGCCGCAGCCGCCCGAGACGCUGAGGCAGCGCAAGAGGGAGGUCCUGGCUGCCCUGCUCGCCAUUGGCCUCGAUCCCGAGAGAUGCACCAUCUUCUACCAGUCCUCUGUACCGGCUCACUCCGAGCUCAUGUGGAUUCUUGCCUGUACGGCCUCCGUAGGAUAUCUGUCGAGGAUGACACAGUGGAAGAGCAAGCUUAGUCUGGCCUCGUCCUCGUCGCUCGAGAACAAGUCUGUCGGCUCCAGGCUGAAGCUGGGCUUGUUCUCAUACCCAGUGCUCCAAGCUGCUGAUAUCCUUGUCCACCGGGCAACUCAUGUACCUGUUGGACAUGACCAGCAGCAGCAUCUGGAGUUUGCGCGCGAAUGCGUCACAAACUUCAACCAUGCGUACGGGAGUCACCUCGUCCAUCCCGAAACCAUAGUCUCCCCCGUCCAGCGCAUCAUGUCCCUGACGGAACCCACAAGUAAAAUGUCCAAGUCUCACCCAGCGCCGCGGUCGAGGAUUCUCAUCACCGACACCCCGCAAGAGAUCCGCUCCAAGAUUGCCAGCGCCCUGACGGACUCAACGCCAGGCAUCUCAUAUGAUCCCGCCACGCGCCCAGGCAUCUCCAACUUGUUGGAAAUCUUCUCCGUCUUUGACUCAGAAAGACGCACCCCAGCCCAGCUAGCUCAAGAAUAUGCUGAAGCUUCGCCCAAGAUCUUCAAGGAAGCCGUUGCGGACGCGCUGGUGACCGGGCUAGACGGCAUCCGAGAUCGGUAUCUCGAGCUCAGUGCAAAUGACUCGUACCUUGAUACAAUAGAGCAGCAGGGCGCACGAAAAGCUCAGCAGAGCGCAAAGGAAACCAUGGAUAUCGUGAAGGCGGCGGUUGGUCUGUAG